AUGAGGCUCAUGCAAGGUGUAAUAUGUCAGCCUAAACUAGGAGACUUUGAGGGAACGAUGAGGAUAUCGUCAAAUAAUUCCAUUAAAGGUCUUCAGGGAACCAGAAUCAAGGGAACACCAGGAUCAAGAGGACACCAGGAUCAAGAGGACACCAGAAUCAAGAGAACACCAGACUCAAGAGGACACCAGGAUCAAGAGGACACCAGGAUCAAGAGGACACCAGGAUCAAGAGGACACCAGAAUCAAGAGAACACCAGACUCAAGAGGACACCAGGAUCAAGAGGACACCAGGAUCAAGAGGACACCAGGAUCAAGAGGACACCAGAAUCAAGAGAACACCAGGAUCAAGAGGACACCAGAAUCAAGAGGACACCAGGAUCAAGAGGACACCUGGAUCAAGAGGACACCUGGAUCAAGAGGACACCAGGAUCAAGAGGACACCAGGAUCAAGAGGACACCUGGAUCAAGAGGACACCUGGAUCAAGAGGACACCAGGAUCAAGAGGACACCUGGAUCAAGAGGACACCAGGAUCAAGAGGACACCUGGAUCAAGAGGACACCUGGAUCAAGAGGACACCAGGAUCAAGAGGACACCUGGAUCAAGAGGACACCAGGAUCAAGAGGACACAGCAACAGAGACAGCAGGAACAGCAGGAACAGCAGGGGCAACAGAGACAGCAGGAACAGCAGGGACAGCAGGGACAGCAGGGACAACAGGGACAACAGGGACAGCAGGGACAACAGAGACAACAGAGACAGCAGGGACACAGAGACACAGGGACAAAGACAACAGGACAACAGAGACAACAGGGACAACAGAGACAGAGACAACAGGGACAGCAGGGACAACAGAGACAACAGAGACAGCAGGGACAACAGAGACAACAGAGACAGCAGGGACAACAGAGACAGCAGGGACAACAGAGACAGCAGGGACAACAGAGACAACAGAGACAGCAGGGACAACAGAGACAACAGGGACAACAGAGACAACAGGGACAACAGAGACAACAGAGACAGCAGGGACAGAGACAACAGGGACAACAGAGACAACAGAGACAGCAGGGACAACAGAGACAACAGGGACAACAGAGACAACAGGGACAACAGAGACAACAGGGACAACAGAGACAACCGGGACAGCAGGGACAACAGAGACAGCAGGGACAACAGAGACAACAGAGACAGCAGGGACAACAGAGACAACAGGGACAACAGAGACAACAGGGACAGCAGGGACAACAGAGACAGCAGGGACAACAGAGACAGCAGGGACAACAGAGACAACAGGGACAACAGGGACAACAGAGACAGCAGGGACAACAGAGACAACAGGGACAGCAGGGACAACAGAGACAGCAGGGACAACAGAGACAACAGAGACAGCAGGGACAACAGAGACAACAGGGACAACAGGGACAACAGGGACAGCAGGGACAGCAGGGACAACAGAGACAACAGAGACAACAGGGACAACAGAGACAGCAGGGGUGCCAGGCAACCUGCCCUUAUAUUUACCACAACCAGGAAAUCAAAGCAGGGAUAAUGCAAUAA